CAAUGGGUUAAUGUGGAUAUGUAUCAGUCUUCAUUGGUUAUUGACAUGGCUUGUUUCUGCUGGUGCAAAAAGAAAAAACGUCAGAAAGCAAAUUCAGUUGAUGUGGAGCAGAAGACAAGAAAGAAGGAGAGUGGCACUUCAUCCCCCUCUCCAAUUCCAUCUGACCGUUCUGAACGGAAUGCCUCCGUCACCUCUGACCCUUCACCCUCUGACCAACUCUCCUCCCUCCAUCCACCUUCCUCUCCUGUUAAAUGUUCCUCUCAGCCUUGCUCUCCUGCUAAACAGCCCUCUGUACCCCGGUCACCUGCCAAACACCCUUCCCCAGUGAAAUCCUCUCCAGUGGUGUCCCUCCCUAGUUCUCCCUCUCCUACCAACCCUCUGGACUGUCAUGGAGACACCAGCCAUGAGGGCACAACAGUCAGACCUCUGUCUCUUCUGGACCACUCUAGCCCAAGGCCCCAGAGGCCAGUCUCAGCCGCCAGAAGCAUGACUCUUCCCAGGGCCAGCUCAGCCACCAGAGGGUCAGAAGAGACCCAGGGGGCCAGAGGAGAACGGGGGGCACUGGUCAACAUGGAACUUCUUGGGUUGCCUAACAUUGGCAACACUUGCUUCCUUAACGCCACCCUGCAGUGCCUCCUGGUCCUGCCUUCCUUCUCAAAGGAAAUCCUGCACCAGGAACAACUCUGGAGCUCCUCCCCCUUCUCCAACCUGCUCAUUUUCUUUUUGAUCAAAUCUUCAUAACCAAGAGGAACAACAAUGACACAAUGAUUAUGAUGUAGGCAUUUGUAAGCCAAUUUGGAAAGUAUAGAAUGACUACAUUGCCCAUAAUGCUCAUUGACUGAACAUUCCACACUACCGUGGGAAAUUUGGUAGCUUUUUAAAAUGCUCUGGAAUUGAGAGUAGUAUCCAAACCAAAUAUCUUAGGAGAAUAAUCAACACAUUUUUGUUGUUUUGCUUCAUUAUCCGUCCUCAAAGGUGAAAUUGCAUUGAAUUGAAUGAAUAAUUUCUAAUGAUGAGGUGCCGUUAGAUAAAACAUAUUUGGAUAUAAUCAUCUGCCUCUUUAGGCGUAAGCCAGUAGGUUGACACCAUCCAGUCAGCUGCUAAUUUACUCUCUGUCUCCCCUACCGGUGUCUGUCUGAUGUGUACCGUUCGAGUCUACCUGACAGUGGAGCAAACCAGGCCUCAAAAGCAGACCUCAUGUGGAAGGUCAAGUACUCCUUGUCGGGAUAUGAUUUGAAAUAUCUGGGGGACACGCAACAGGACGCACACGAGUUACUUGUGAACAUGCUGUGUCAGCUGAAGGAGGAGGGCAUGAUAUUGAAGACACUCGGGGUGAGCUAUACCUGCCCUGUAUCCCAGCUGGAGUUCCAGCUUGUGUCGGUGCGAACAUGUACCAGCUGUGGGCGCGAGUCGUCCACCAGAGAGGACUACAACCACUUCUCAUUGGACUUAAGCCCUGAGCGCACCUUGCUGAGUAGCCUAGCACUCACUUUCAAAGGUGAAAAGGUUGAAUUCAAAUGUGAGGGCUGUAAAGGACUCCACGCCACAAAGUUGGAGCUUUUCCACACACUGCCUCUUGUGCUGGUUCUGCAUCUGAAGAGGUUUGGAGGACCUGGGGGGUUGGAGAAGCUGGAGGCUCCUCUUUUAUUUCCUUCGGAGCUGAGGCUCUCCACCCUCUGUGGGGACAUGGUGCCACACCUGCACAGUGCCAGCCCACAGGCCCUCACCAACCUGGCCCCCAGCAUCCAGGGGUCCAUCCCCCAGACCCUCACCAGCCAAGUCUCCAGCCCAGCUGGAGAGGCCAAAGACAGCACCCUCUGCUGUUCAGAUUCAAAUGACCAGGAACCAGAGAAAGUGCUGCUGACAGCCUCAGUGAAGCAGCAUCCAGUGAAGUCAGUGAAUGGAUACUACCAGCUGACUGGUGUAGUCUCUCAUUUGGGAGGCUCCGCAAACUCCGAUAAGACACUACAUUAGUGACAUCUUGAAUGCCAGUGGAAACUGGUUCUGCUGUAACGACAGCCAGGUGUCAAUGUCCAAUGAAGCCACUGUGCUGAGGACCAGAGCCCGGAGUGCCUACAUGCUCUUCUAUAUGUUCAGGUACUGCUUUCUCUCACCAUCUAUAUUCUUGUGUUGCUAUAUAUGUGUACGGUUCCUUUCACCCUACAGGGCAAGAGAGCGGGAGGCCCCAGCACACAGGGCCUAACUGGGCCACCUGCACCAGCCCCAGCCUAAACGGGGGCAGCACCUGGACCGGCCUCCAAACACUCAGACAUGCCUCAACAGGGGUAGUACCAGGCCCAGCCUCAAAAACCCCAGCCCAGCCUCAACAUGUGAAGAACCAGGCCCAGUCUCAACAUGGACAGAACAAGACCCAGGCCCAACACCCUCAGACCUGCCUCAACAGGUGCAGCACUCGGCUCAACUUCAAUCUUGCGGCUCAAGGGAGACUUGCUCUUCAUCAGUAGCAUG